AUGACAUUAUCACAAGCGAUACGACAAAUGGAUUCGACUUCAGGUGACAACGAAGAGGAGAGGGGUCGGUCUGAGGCCACCAUCAGGUUUGUGGUCAAUCGUGUCCACCAAUUGCAUGAUUACUGCCGACUCAGUGCCGUCACAUACAUGCGAUACUUACCCUGGCAACUGAUGGUAAAGACGAGUGAGAUUUGGCCGAUCGGUGGCGACGAUUGGGGUCCGGAAGAGGCGGACGAAGAAUUUGGUAUUUUUCUCUGCUGUAAAUAUAAGCCAAAGUCAACGAACUGGUCGUGUACUGCGAGGGCUGAGCUGACACUCGUCGCGCAGUCGGCCACCGGACACAACAUUACCCGAAAAAUUGAACACAAAUUCAAUCUAAAAGAAAACGAUUGGGGUUUUCAAAAGUUCAUCGCAUAUGAAGAUUUACAGAAUCCGGAAAAGGGUUUCAUUAAAGACAAUACGAUUGUCGUGGAAGCGAUCAUUACAGCCGAAGAGCCCGUCGGAGUGUUUAUGCCAUCAAAUGUCGAGAAUAUAAUUCAAAGCAAAGACAUGAAGUCUUAUCCAGAAUUGGCUUAUUUUAUGAACGAAUCCGAGAGUAAUGUUGUGUUCAAAGUGGAGGGCAAACGGAUUCCGGCCGUCAAAGAGUUGUUAUGCAUUAAAAGCGAUUAUUUUCGAUCAAUGUUUUCGGGAAAUUAUACCGAAAGUAAUGAUAAAGUGAUUGAAAUUCCGGACACGACUUGCAAUGCCUUUAAAGUCAUUCUUUGGUACUUAUAUUCAAACGAAUUGCCCUUCAAUUUGACUGAAGAGACGUGUUUUGAGUUUAUAUACGCUGUCUAUAGACUCGCCGAUAAGUUUCAAAUCAAACGACUUCUCGAUUAUUAUGAAAACCAAUUGAAAGCAAACAUCACUGAAGAGAAUCUGGAAUUUGUCGCAAGAAUUGGAUUCGAGUAUAAAAUCGAUUCUUUGAUGACUUGUGUGAAGGCAUUCAUUGAUAACACAUUUAAUAAACUGGUUCUCAAAGACAGCGAUUAUUUGACUCAAAUGAAUGCCUUAACGAAUGACUAUUUGUUUAAGAAAAUGAUACCAAAAGUGCGCAAAAGGGCCCGAAUUGAAGUCGAGUCUCCGGAAUCUCCUUAUAUUUCAAUUCAAAUAUCAUUAAAGUUACUGGGUCUAAUUCUGGUACCGAUUCCUAUGAUUGCAUUCAAUCGUCUCUUUGAACACAACGACAAAAAUGGACACAAAUUUUGGCCAAACAUUCAAUUGAAACCACAUUUGACUCUAAGAAGCGUUCACUUGAAUAACGCGUUGAAAGUGAAAGACAUUCAACAGAAAUGCUGGGAAUCAGUGGUAAAGAUCACAGAAAACACGACAAGUGGUCACACAUUAGGCGCCGGACUUAUUGUCGACGACAAGGGAUACGUAUUGACCAGCGCUCAGGUGGUGUGCGAUCUGACACACGUUGGCGUGACUUUUGCCAAACCGUACAUUAGAUCUCAAUUGUUGUCCAGAGAUAUGACCGCCGAUGAGAUACAAACGGUUUACGGACGGGUCGUAUACGUGGAUCCGGGCGUCGAGUUGGCACUCGUCAGGCUAUUUACGGUCAAACCGGGAGUCUUACGAUCCCUACCGCUGACCGACACCAACACUGACCCCAAAUGUGGUCAAACAGUGGUUGCGUUCGGCUGUUCAACACUCGACCAAAGUUUCAUCACUGGAGUGAUAGCAUCGGUAGAUCGGGUGGAGAGCCACACAUCACAGGGAAGUCACGCCUACUUCCAAGUGAUGCUAAAUCCGGACCACAAACACAUCCAACACUCGGCGACCAUUAGUGACGGCUAUUCCGGUGGACCCGUUGUCGACACCAGCGGUCGACUGAUUGGCAUUUCGCUCAACACUCCCAUCAGAAGUGAUGGCAUUUUCUUUGCCGCCUUCGCCGCAGAUAUCAUUGCUUUCGUUAAGAGAGGCUUAGAGUUUGAGACCAGAGAUCGUGAUAUGAAGUACUCGUUUGCGAACCGGAAAUCACUGGGAGUUGUGUUGUAUAAGGAUAUGAACGCCAGUAAUAAAGUGUUCAAAUAUAAAUUGAGACAAAAAGAAGUGAUUUAUGUAUCGAUUGAGAGCUAUAUUCAGGAAAUGCGGGCAAAGUGCCCCAAUACUAGCGCCCAUAGCUGUCAUCUCUGGCCACUGUUGGCGCCAACGAAACGGUGGCCAAAACGAGGCAAAGGAGUGGACAAACACACGAUUGUGGCCGGAGUUUGCACUAAGAAGAGUCCGAUUGAGGUGGCCCAACAUUACAACACAUGGCAGCAAUCGGUCGCAUUGUGCGAAGCGUGCAAUUCCAGCGCAUUCUUUGUGGACAACGGCACGUAUGCCGUGACCUCAGCGCUGGCCGUUCAGGGCUUGACCAACGUUAACAUCUGGCUGUCACAAGACUUUCCCAAACAAGACCUAAGUCCGACCGCAACGACACCGGAUCUCAACAUCUCCAGAGUGUUCGGUCAAGUGAUAUACGCGGACCCGUCGCUGGGUUUGGCGCUCAUCAAAGUGUUCAAUAUUAACCCCAAUGUAAUUCCAACGCUGCCGAUGGCAACUGACGCCGAGAUACAGGUCGGCGAACGGGUGAUCGUUAUGGGUAUGCCUACCGGCAAACGGGGUUACGUCGCCGGCACCAUAGCCUGCAAGGAGGGGCCCAAAGCGGACACCGGUUAUGGUGACAACUAUCACAGUCAGUAUGUGCUCAAUCCGGAGACGCAGUACAUGAGCCAUAAUAUCAUUGCUGUGAACCAAUACAACGGCGGACCAGUGGUCAACAUGAAUGGCCAUUUGGUGGGCGCUAUGCUGUCGGGUGUGCACCACCAUCAGCACAUCAUUUCCGUCGAUAAAGUCAAAGGUAAUAUACCGGGACAGGGGUUGGGCGGGGGUAUAGAGAGGGAGACACUACGGGUGUUUGAGUUUAUAGCCGCGGGUCUGGCGUACGAACCGACUGAACGCCGAAACCGGUACUCAUUUGUGGGUAAGAGAGGGCUGGGAGUGGUGUUGAGCUGCGAUCACGAUGGCUUUCAUUUCCAGAAGUGUAUUCACAACAGUCCCAACGCUAAUGUUGGACUUCAAGCGGGCGACCGAAUAACACACAUCAAUAGCGUUGAAUUCAAUAAGUUAUCCCAAUUGACUGAUGCCAUCAGUGGCCUCACCGGUAAUGUGCUUCCCCUCCUUGUGGAUCGUGGUCAACAGUCGGUGCCCAUCAACUGUCACGUCUAUGCCUUCAAUUGCUCUGUUUUCCCAUUACUUAUGUCGACAUCGGUUCCGACCAUAAUUGGCGGUAAUUAUCGGUAUCAACACAUCGGACACAAUGACAAUAACAAUACCAUCAAAAGUCAUUCAAAGUUGCGGACAAACACACCAUUCAAACCAUUGCCAACAACUCUAAGAAGAGCUCAUUUGUUGGACACGGCUUUGGCGGCGAAGAUGAGAGAGAUAUACGACGAGUCAAUGGAGUCUAUUGUGACGUUAAUUGCGGGCCAAUUGAUGGGCACCGGGUUUGUUGUGGACGACACGGGACUCAUUGUGACCAACUGUCAUGUGUUGGCCGACAGUCAAACCGUUUUGGUUAAGCUAUCGUUUCCGACGCCACUCUUCGAGCUCUUCGACAACCAAAGCGCCGACGAUUUGGUCGACACAAUCGGCGGACAAGUGGUGUACUGCGAGCCUGAGCUCGAUUUGGCGCUCGUCCGGGUGUUUGUCUCACACGAAGCCCUACCGGCGCUCUCGUUGUCGACCCGCGACCCGUCGCCCGGCGAACCAAUGCUGGCCGUUGGGAACCCGGGUUUGGCCGGCAGUACAGUUGUGGGCGUUGUGUUGGGCACCGAUAGGCCCGAUGUCUUUACCGAUCGGCCACAACUGCAACACUCGGCGCCGACAACUGUCGGCUUUUCCGGCGGUCCAAUACUCGACCGCAACGGCGCUGUACUCGGAGUACACUUCGCCGGACUCUUCAACGGCGGGACCGCCGCUCUGUCCAGUCAUGUGACCGAUCUCAUAACUAAUGGCAAAGAGUUUGAACGAAAAGAGGAGAUAAAGCAGUACUCGAUGUCCGGCAAGAGAUCGUUGGGAGUAGUCGUAGAGCAGAGGCCGGGGAAUAGGUUUGUGGUCUCCGUUCCGCCCAUUAAUACCCGACCCNAACGAAAAGAGGAGAUAAAGCAGUACUCGAUGUCCGGCAAGAGAUCGUUGGGAGUAGUCGUAGAGCAGAGGCCGGGGAAUAGGUUUGUGGUCUCCGUUCCGCCCAUUAAUACCCGACCCGAUGUCCCGGAGACCGAAAAAUUUAGUGAAAACGAUUGCAUUAUGCAAAUCAAUGGCACAACUUUUACCACGUUUUCGCAAUUGGAUAAAGCGAUUGAAGCACUAACUGAUGGCCAGCCGUUAAACCUGACGGUCAAUAGAAAGGGAUUGGAUGUGGAGAUUAAGGUUAAGCCAUUGCCUGGAGAUUAUCACAACUAUUCAGUGGUUUAG